AUGAAUACUACUGCCUUGGAUAAAUAUAAUCAAAUGCGUCGAAAAUUAGAACAUGUUAAUAAUUCAGUUCGAACAAUGAAUGAUACAAAUUGUACAAAAAUGUUAUCAACUCAUACACAAUUAAAUGAAAUUGAAGAUGCUAUGUCUAAUUUAGAAUCAACUAUAAUGCAUUUAGAUGCAUAUUCACGUUCACUUGAAACUCAAGUGAAAAAAUUUGAAAAAACAUUUUUAGCAACACGAACUAUGUCACCAACAAAAGAUUAA